AAAAUGUACUAGCCACGUUACAUUGGUUACAAGACAAAAUACAAAAGUAAUGUUUUGAGGCAAAUAAUGCAAAAGGAAAUGUAAAGAUGAUAAUGGAGGACGUCCCUACACUCUUCUUCUUCUUGCUCGCCACUCUCUUUCUCUCCGUCUCCGUCCAGUCUCCUCCGCCACUAUUUCCCGAUGAAGCUCUCCCAACUAAAUCCGGCUACCUACCGGUUAAACCCGCCCCUGGCUCGUCCAUCUUCUAUACCUUCUACGAAGCCCAAAAGCCGACCGCACCCCUACCCGAAACCCCGCUCUUGGUUUGGCUCCAAGGUGGACCAGGAUGCUCUUCCAUGAUUGGUAACUUUUACGAGCUUGGCCCUUGGCGGGUAGUUUCACGUGCCACAGAGCUGGAGCGUAACCCCGGCGCUUGGAACCGCCUCUUCGGGCUACUUUUUGUGGAUAACCCCAUAGGAGUCGGAUUCAGCAUCGCCGCCUCAAAACAAGACAUACCCACAAAUCAGAGACAGGUCGCCGAGCAUCUUUACGCAGCUCUCGUUGAGUUCCUUGAGCAAAACCCAGGCUUUGAAAAUCGACCAGUAUACUUUACCGGCGAGAGCUACGCCGGGAAAUAUGUUCCAGCCAUUGGAUACUAUAUCCUUAAAGAGAAACCCAACGGGAAAGUGAAUCUCAAGGGACUAGCCAUUGGAAACGGGCUGACCGACCCGGUGACCCAAGUCCAGACCCAUGCGGUCAACGUGUACUACUCGGGUCUAGUCAACGCAAAACAGAGAGUUGAACUGGAGAAAGCGCAGGAGAUACCCGUGGCUCUCGUCAAGUCCCAGAAAUGGCGUGAAGCAGCAGACGCGAGAGGCGACCUGUUGAACAUACUGAGUAACAUGACGGGACUAGCGACGCUCUACAACACGAAACGUUCGAUUCCGUACAGAACAGACCUGGUGGUGGACCUUCUGAACCAGAGAGAAGCUAAGCGUGUUUUGGGAGUGAGCGAGGAGAUGCAAUUUGAGGAAUGCAGCGAUGAAGUAGAAGAUGUGUUGCGGGGAGACGUAAUGAAGAGCGUAAAGUUCAUGGUGGAUUACGCCGUAGAGAGGACUCGAGUGUUGCUGUACCAAGGUAUGCUGGAUCUUAGAGACGGUGUCGUUUCAACAGAAGAGUGGAUGAAGACUAUGAAUUGGUCGGGAUUGGAAAUGUUCUCGACCGCGGAGAGGCGGGUGUGGAAAGACGGCGACGGUGCUGUCGCUGGGUAUGUUCAGAGAUGGGGGAAUUUGUGCCACGUGGCGGUUUCAGAAGCUGGUCAUUUUGUUCCGACAGACAAAGAAGUGAACUCAAGGGAUAUGAUUGAAGGUUGGGUUUUAGGAAAAGGGUUGUUCGGUGAUGAAGAUCUCGCAAGGCUUUACCAUUCAGUCCAGAUAUGAUUCUGUAUUGUACUUGGCUCUGUAUUAGAGUGAAUAAUAAGGAUUCAGAUUCUACUUGUACUUCAUGUUCUCAAACUCAUUUUAGUACGAAUUAAUAACUUUGCUCCUGGAUUCAUCA